GUGCUGCAUGACUCGGAAUCCAGAGACCGGAAUCGGACAAAGAGUCGGAACAAUCGUACGAUCGGCAUCAGUCUACACAUGGGAAAAAAGUUGGGUGACCAAAUAUUGUGCAUCGGCGUAGCUAGUCGGAGUCAUAUAAGGUCGCACGGCAGGGUCGAAAAGCAAGAAGGCUAGACGACGCAGUUUUUCACGCGAUGUCGCACUCAGAUGUUGAAGAGAAACAUGUCGUCAGAGACAAGGCAAUCUCUCAAGAAGAUAUGAGUCGCCCCUCGUCCUCAAUUCACAAUGGCAUUCAUCAACAAGACAAAACGGCAAGCGACCACGAGGCAGGAGACAAAGAAGCGAAAAUAGAUGCGAGAUCAACAUUGACUGCCGAGUCCGCUAUUCCUCCACCUCCAGAUGGUGGACUCCAUGCCUGGUUGAAGGUAUUUGGAGGAUUCAUGAUAUACAUCAAUAUUUGGGGCUUCACCCUAACCUACGGCGCUUUCCAAACCUAUUACCGUACCACUCUCCUCACCUCGUCCACCCCCAGCGCAAUAUCAUGGAUCGGAACCGUACAAGCCUGGCUGCUCAUUGUCAUCGGCGUGCUAUCCGGGCCCCUCUUCGAUCUUGGCUAUUUCCGCAGCAUGUUGCUCGUUGGAAACUUUCUGGUCGUGCUGGGCAUCAUGAUGCUCAGUCUGAGUACGCAGUACUGGCAGGUGUUUCUCAGCCAAGGCGUUUGUAUGGGUCUGGGAGCUGGGCUGUUAUACAUACCUAGUCUGGCCAUGGUGGGGGUGUGGUUCAGUAAGAAGAGGGCGUUGGCUAUGGGUAUUGUUAUGAGUGGGAUUGCUGUUGGAGGCGUAAUCUACAUAAUCAUGUUCGACCGCCUUACCAGAAGCGCUGGGUUCCCCUGGGCUAUCCGCGCGAUAGGUUUCGUCGCUUUAGCUGCUGCUCUCCUUUCCAUUCCCGCUCUGCUCUCUGGCUCCGCGUGGUUGAAGCACAAGCGUAAGCGUCGUGCGCUGUUCGAUAAGUCCGCGCUGCAUGACCGCCUCUUCCUUAUCUUCACUGCGUGCUCUUUUAGCACGUUCCUCGGCUACAUCGUACCUUACUUCUAUAUCCCGACAUAUGCGCGCGAGCGACUGGGCAGUUCGGAGAGUACAGCGCUAUAUAUGCUCGUAUUGAGUAUAGCUGGCAGUUUCUUCGGGAGGUUGGUCAGUGGCGUCGCGGCGCAUUGGUUUGGGGCUAUUGUUACGUGGGGGCUUUGUGCGUUUGCGAGUGGAUUAUUGGCGCUGGUUUGGAUCAGCAUAGAGACUGAAAAGACGUUUAUCGCUUUCAGUAUACUCUGGGGUUUCUUCUCUGCCGCUUUGGUCACCGUGCCAUCUGCGGCUUUUGCAAACAUCACACCGGAUCUCUCGCGGUUGGGGACGAGGCUAGGCAUGAGUUGGAGUGUGUCUAGUAUUGCUACGCUUAUUGGUGCGCCGAUUGCCGGGGCUUUGCUAAAGAAGACGGAUGGGCGCACCAACUUCAUUGGGGUGCAGGUUUGGAGUGGCGCUUGUUUGAUGGUUGGGACGGGUUGGUUGGUUGUGCUCUGGACUGUCACUGUGAAAACGCAGAAGAAGGGUUGGAGAGUCUAACGCAGGAACGAGAUAGAAUUACGAGUCACAACUUCCCAUUUGAAGUUCCAAACUUCAAAUUUGCUAACGGGUACUAUAAUACUGGUUCGCUCGAAGCCCG